GUGUGAUGCCUUCAAUUGAGCCCGGCUAGUGCGGCCAGCCCGGAUGCUUUCGCAUCCCACCCUGGUCUUUUGGAAAUCUGGCCUCGCCUCAUAUAUUCCAAGGCAUUUGUCGGACAGCCCAGCGCUGCCAGACCUCCUCCUCUUCAAUCCACCACAGCGCCGACGGUCAACUCACCACUGCCACCACCCAUCUUUCCAUUCCACAACGGCGCUCUCAUACGACUCGCUCAGACGACUAGAGUUGCAAAGAAAGUUCAUCGCUAGCCAUCACCGUGUCUUGUCCCUGAGCACCUCUUCGCUGAGAUGAGCUCUACCAUUGCCGCUGCUUUUGGCAGGCGAGGGUCCAACACCUCGAACUCAGAGAAGGACCACUCACAAUAUCCCAGCGGAGACCCCGUCGUCCGUCAUAACCCAGUCGGCGAAGAUGAUAGCUCCGAGCAGGAUGAUGACGCUCGUCUGGCCCAGAUGGGCUACAAGAGCGAGUUCAAGCGAGAGUUCAGGAGCCUGUCGACCUUCUCCUUCGCCAUGGCCAUUAUGGGUCUCGUCUCGUCGGUCAUCACUACGUUCAAUACCCCCUUGCUGUCCGGAGGUGGGCCGUCCGUCAUUUGGACGUGGUUCAUUGGCUCGGUGAUGAACAUGACGCUGGGUGUCUCCAUUGGCGAGCUCGUCUCUGCCUUCCCCUCAUGUGGUGGUCUCUACUCGGCCUCUGGCUACCUCGUUCCCAAACGCUACUCCAAGAUCACCGCCUACGGCGUCGGUUGGGCAAACGGCCUGGGUCAGAUUGCUGGUAUCUCAGGAUCGGCCUACGGUCUGUCGUCGAUGAUCAUGGCGUGGGCCUAUGUCAUCACCGACGGUCGCUUCGUCGCCUCGACGGGAGAGAUUGUCGGUCUCUACAUCGGCAUCAUGGUCAUCGCUGGCGUCAUCAACUCGUUCCCUACGAGCUGGCUCGCUCGCCUGACGGCCUCGUACGUCUUUGUCAACCUCAUCACCACAUGUGUCAUCGCCAUUCUUGUCCUCGCCAGGACGCCCUCUGGCGAGUACACUAGCGGUGCCGACGCCUUUGUCAACAUCUCAGGUGCUAGUGGUUGGAGCAAGUCGCUGGCCUUCCUCAUCGGACUGCAGAUGGUCCAAUUCGUUAUGACCGACUACGAUGCUACCGCCCACAUCUCAGAGGAGGUCUCGCGUGCCGCCAUUGCCGCGCCCGUAGCCAUUGUUCAGGCCGUCUUCGUGACCGGCUUGAUGGGCUUCUUCCUCAACAUUGCCCUUGUCUUCGCCAUGGGUGACGUUGCCUCGACCGACAUCACGACGUGGCCUGGAGAGCUGGCCGUUGCGCAAAUCCUUCUCAACCGCGGCGGCAAGGUCGCCUUCCUCGUCGUCUGGCCUUUCGCUUGCGCCGUCGCCUUCUUCGUCGUCAUCACCGCUGUGCAGGCCAACGCUCGUACCUUCUUCGCCCUGGCUCGUGACCGCGCCAUCCCUGGCUGGUUCGCCAUCGUCGAGAAACGCACCAAGGUCACGAUCAACGCCGUCUGGCUCGUUGUGCUGGCUAACAUCAUUCUCAUCCAACUGGCCUGGAUCAACUACACGGCCAUCGCCGCCAUCUUCUCCCUCGCUGCCCUCGGCAUGGACCUCUCUUACUGGGUCCCCAUUGUUGGCCGCACCAUCUUCGCAGACCACCCCGAGGUGCGCUUCCGCGAGCAGAAGGGUCCCUUCUACCUGGGCGAGGGUCUCUUCGGCCAGUUCAUCCGCUGGACCUGCAUCGUUUGGACCUUGUUCGAGUGCAUCGUCCUUGCUAUCCCUUCGACGACGCCCGUCACUGCCAUGAGCAUGAACUGGUCCAGCGUCGUCUUUGGCGGUGUCAUGAUCCUUGCCUUUGGAGCCUACGCUGUCGCUGGGCACAGAUACUACAUCGCGCCUGGGUCGCAGCGCGUGCCGUCCAACGACACGAUGCAGUCGCAGUCCCCUUCGGAGGGAAGCCAAGUUAGCAACCAGGAGAAGCUGUAAGGUACAUUGACGUACCCAGGGAGAUCUGAUGGACCGUUGAAGGAGGGUAGUACUCAGCGAUUCAUCUGCGCAAGCUGUAUCUUUGCCUGAGCCCCGUACCCCGGCUCCCGAUCUGAAUCCCUCUCUCGCUCUCCCUCAACUCACUAUAGCCCCUCGUACCGCACGACAUGUUCUUGACUCCCAUGUAUCGGAGAAGAGUCGAUAAUAAUCGCGAAAACCCACAACAAAAUGCAAAACCCCUACAAACAGUUUGCCG